AUGCCAUGGAAACCAUUACCCUCGGUAGCCUUUGCGAUCUGCGUCCACCCUUUCAAGGCCACACAAUCUGACGACCUUCCGCUACAAGUUGGAGACUGCCUAUACAUCAUCGAACAAGGAGGCAAAUAUGGCGACUGGUACCGUGGCUAUCUCGUGGGCUUUCCCUCCUUGCUGGCCGGUCUCACCAGCGCAAGCGGCGAGCAACUCGAUGCACGAGUCUUCACUGGCACAUUCCCCAGGAAUUGUGUCGAGGUGCGAGAGGUGAUGGAUGAUGAGAAGCUGAACGGUCACAUGACUAGCGCUUCGAUAGAAGCAGCGGAAGAGACAGAGGAAGGGCGCGAGAUCAAGCGGAAGAGCCAGACACAAUAUGCACGGCGGCUGAGCAGAGCUUUGAGCAGGAAGAGGAGCGCGCACGAUGUCACGAGGAAGACACCCACGAGACUGAUACCCGACGAGCCUCUCCCACGCGAUCCCAAUGCACCGAGGCCUCCUGCGCCAGUGCCCACACUGCGCGUCGGUGAUGAGACGGGCCAGUCUGCCGAGGAACCAUUGGUUGAUGAGAUUGCUUCCUGCUUGCGCGAAUGGCACGAUGCGCGGCUGCAUGAGCUCGUAUUGGCGAGAGGCUACAGUCAGCUGGAAAGAGUGCAGGAGCUCAUCAGACGCUUGGAUAUUAGCAGGAAGCAGCUGAUGCACGAUGUCAUGACCAUGAAGGAGUUGAAUGCGCUACGAGAAGACACUGUUUGGGAUCUGGUGGCAGGUAAUAAGAUGCUCAGCGACGAGGUCAUUGUGCGAAGUGCGACUGAGAAGGGCCGGAUUCUGACCGCGGACGACUCCGUGAUCGAAAUGACGAAGCUGCAGGCUAACAUGAGCAUACUGGAUCGACCGCCGAAGCCUACAGCAGACAAACACAUGCUGUUCCACGUCUUGGUGGAUGUCCGGAACAUUGUGUGUGAGUACGAACAACCAGCGACUCUCCAGGUAUAUAUUUGCAGCAAGGACUUUGGAGAAAAGCCCAGGCCGUUGAGCGAGAACUUCGCAGUCUCCGUGCCUAUGCCCGAAGGCGGGCAGAGCCCUGAGGAUCAAUCGAAGAGCUUGUUCGUCAACCUCAGCGCGACAGAUAUCGGCCUUGGCAGUGAUGCGAGCUCCCUGUAUAUCGUUUUCAAGCUUCUGAAGGACGAGCCAGCACGGCAGAACUUGACUGGACAGGCUACUCAGGGCCACCAUUCUUCGAUGUCCAUAGCGAGCUCGAAGGAUGGACAGAAGCGCGGUAGCAUGAGACGUGGUCGUAGUGUUUUCGGCAGCCAGAGGAAGAAGGACGGUCAUAGUAGAAGCACUUCUGAAGUACGUCCGGACACUGCGAUGUCGAGCUACUCGGAGACGGCAGGCUCGAAUGGUCCUUCGUCCGAGAAUUCAGGAUCGAGCCAAUCGCAUAUGGUGAAGCGGACGAUUGGCGUGGGUGCCAUUGAUAUCGGAAAGCUUGCUCGCAACCAAUCUGAAGUGGAGACGCGAGUAGCGAUGUGGCAACCUGCUGCACCCACAGAAGACAAGAGCGACGAAAGUGAGGAUUGGAUUGAAGUUGUCCGGGAACUGGUCCGCAGUCCUACUGGGAGCUUCGCACCUGUGAAGCAGGUGAAACGGUUUGAUGUCUUCGCCACCGCUUUCGCAUCAUCGGAUCUGGAUACGCUCAUGCGCAACACACCAACACUACUCCACAAUGUCUACAUGACUGAGAAGAUUGGCUUUUCUGGUGUACCGACUCACAAGCGCAGCGAUAUUUACCUUACACUCACCGAGCCUGUCAUUCCACGCCAAGCACAUCUGGCGCAUUCGAAGUUCGGCAAUGUACCGCUCAGCCAACGCUGCUCUUCGAACCUCGCGAAUCUACAGCUUACACUCGAAGUGCGGAGAGCAGAUGGCGAGCGCAUCGAGGACUGCAUCUUUACUGCAGCCAAUCAUCAGGGCCAUACGGCAUGGCGAACGACCGGUGUCGAGAGAGGCGAAGGUUGGAACCAGACGAUUCGACUUGCGAUCCCGACUGAAGAUGUGCCUGGAAGUCAUAUCGUGAUGAGUAUCGCCGACUCGCCGAACUUUCCCUUUGCGCUUUCUUGGGUCCCGUUGUGGGAGUACGACGCCUUUGUGAGAGAUGGUGAUCACUCUGUUGCGCUCUACGUCUACGAUGAGUACUCUAGCAGCAUCAUCGGCGGCAAAGGCGCAUAUCUUGCUCUGCCACCUUGGCACAACAAGAAUGACGCGACGGUGCAGAACGCCGCCGUGGUCUCCUUGCGAACAUAUCUGUGCAGCACAGAAUACUCGCAAGAUCCGACACUUCUAGGCCUACUGGAAUGGCGCAAUCUAUACGGUGCCAAGCUGAUUGAGCUAUUGGAGCGUUUCGCCUUUGUACCAGACAUCGAGAUUGUCAAGUUGCUCAGCGAAGUCUUCGCUGCGCUCUUCGAGAUUCUAAACGAGUACGCGCAAAGCGAAGCCUACGAAGAUCUGAUCUUUCAGAACUUUGUCACGGUACUGGGUAUUGCCCGCGACCGUCGCUUCAACCUCCACAACGUCAUCGAAGACUACGCCCACACUCGCCAUGGUUGGACCUACGCCAGCCGCUGUCUGACACGCGCCUAUCAACGACUCCUGACCAAUCCUCUCGAUCCAGAGUCGUCGCGGAAGUUACGCGCGACGCUUAAAGUAGGAGAUCAGAUGCUUCGUCUUAUCAUCGCCACCGCACAAGAACCACCCUCCACCACACAUACGAACGGCGACCAUCUACAACCUCGACACCCAGAUUUCGUGCACGACCUCCAGAACCUCUUCGUCCAGCUCAUGGCUCUAAUGCGCAACCCCAUGCCCAUACUCCUCGGCACCCAAACCCUGGUAGUCCAACAUUUCCACACCUGGCUCCCCUGCCUCGACGCGCUUAUGAAGCCCGCCGAGAUCCUGGAGAUCGCCACGAAUUUACUCGAUGCGUGCGCGCAUGCCCAAGGCAAGAUGGUACUGUACAGGUUGAUAUUGAUCAUCAAUCUGAGUCAUAUUGAGGUCUUCAAGCCGACGGAGGUCAGGACGGGUCUGAUCGCGAAUACUUUCCGCUGGUUGGCGCCGUACUGGGGCAACGGGAGUGAUGGUCGGGAAGCCGUGGUCACGGAUCAAUGGCGGGAUCAGGUGCGAUUAUGCUGCUCGGUCGUGGCGUCGCAGAUGGAGGAGCUCGGGGAGGAGAGCUGUCAGUAUGUGCCCAAGAUGGUGGAAUCGUACCUCGCGCUGCAGAAGGUGGAGCGCUUGCCGAAGAGGACGUUCACCAUGCUCUUCCCGACUUCGUUCCCUUUCCCCAGCAGGCAGACCAAGGGCGAUAUUGUCGUCGAUGAGGCUAUGUUGGAACUAUCUGCUUUGUUGGCUGCCGCGCUGACGACGCAGAGGAGACUGUACUUCGACGCUAGCCAGAUCGAUAUUCCUGGUGUGCUGAUGCAAGCUCUGAAGGUCGGACAGAGUGUCCUCGGCAGCGAGCCUUUUCCGCAAAGCUGGCUGAGUCUGCAUAUCAGUCAUCAUCGCUUCGGCAUGACUGCUCUCGAGAGGAUCUCCGAGGUCCUAAUGGACACUCUACCGGAUAACUUCGCGCCGGACGUGGAAGAAGCUAUGGAGUUCGACACCGAGAUCUGGCGCGCUUUCUUCGAUACUUUGUUCGUGGCUGUGAGGUCUCCGGCUCUGGCCAUGGAGACAUUUCCCGAACAGAAGCGGAGGGCUAUUUGGAAGAUUGCUGGGGAUGUGCGGGAGCUUGGGGCGAAUUUGUUGCGGAGGACUUGGACGGCUAUUGGGUGGGAGACUGAUGAGGAUAGUCGGAAACUUCAUGGGAUUGAGAGCUUGGGUGGGUAUCAAGUGCAGUUUGUGCCUGAGCUUAUCGCGCCUAUUGUGGAGUUGUGUCUGAGUGUACACGCGAGUCUGAGGAGCGUGGCGAUUGAGGUCUUGAGGACGAUGAUCAUCAGUACGUGGGAGAUCGACCAGGAUUUGGCGGUUGUCCAGACAGCGAUGAUCGACUGCCUUGACAAGCUGGGACGGCAGCGGCCUUUGGCUGAGUCGUAUCUGCAAAAGACCUUCAUCUCUGAGAUGCUGGAGCUGUUCAAGCCUCUGCAUGAGACCGAGGAGGAAGGCUUGUAUCAUGCUGUGAUGGAGAUGUUCGAGCGGAUCGAGAAUCUGUUGGGCAUGCUAGCAAGUGUCCACCAAGGCAACGCGAUGAACGACUCGAGCCGCAUUAUGGACACUUUGCGGCUGAUGGAAUUCUUGAAGGAUGUGCAGAGUGACGAAGCAUAUAUCCGUUAUGUGCACCAGCUUGCCGAUCUCCAAGCCAAGGCAGGCAAUCACACCGAAGCUGGGCUGGCGCUGAAACUGCACGCGGAAAGGUAUGAAUGGGAUCCUCUGGCUCCGCUACAAGAGAUGACUGAGCCAAAGUGGCCUGCUCAGACGGCUUUCGAGCGCAAAGAGGCCUUGUUCUUCGAUAUGUGUCUUGCUUUUGAGCGAGGCCAGUCGUGGCAGCGUGCUUUGCAGGCGUACAAGGAACUCGCGGUGCAGUACGAAAGCAAUGUCUUUGACUUCUCCAAGCUCGCGAGGAGUCAGAGGGCUAUGGCGAGUAUACAUGAACGCAUUGCGAAGGGCGAUCGGCCAAAUGCUCGCUACUUUCGUGUGGUGUACAAAGGUCUCGGAUUUCCUGUCACUCUGCGGGACAAACAGUUCAUUUUCGAAGGCCACUCGACUGAGCGACUCGCCAGCUUCGAAGACCGUCUUCGUCAGCUCCAUCCUUCAGCGCAGAUUGUGCGCUCGAUCACUGACGCGGAGUCUGAGGGACAGUACCUCCAAGUCUUCGCCGUCAGCCCGAACAAGGAUCUCAAUCAUACCGUCUACCAACGCACGAAGGUAUCUCCGGCUGCGCGCGAGCACGCUCUCCUCUCCAACCCACAGAAGUUUGCUCAGACGACAAGACAAUUGGCCGUCGAUGUUCCUGUCACCGAGCAGCAGGUCGAGAAGACUGUCUACACUACCCUCGAGCCUUUCCCGACUAUCCUACGAAGAAGCGAGAUUGUCCAGACGGAGACCCUUGUCCUUGACCCCAUCGAAGCGGCUAUCGAACGCACGACGCGUAAGACGCAGGAGCUGCUUUCACUUGAGCGAAGAAUCAGUAGUGGAGAGGACGAAGGAGCUAUGAGCCAGCUCUCUGACACGAUCCUGCUGUCUGUGGAUCCGACGAGUGAAGGCAGCGUCGCGCGGUAUAGAAAUCUAUUACCUGCUUCGGAAGCAUUGGCAGAGACCGCCUCCGGAGAAAUGGACCCUGAAGCGCUCGAAAACGAGGCUGAGGAGACAAUGCUGAGCCCGAUGCAGAAUGCGCUAAAGGUCGCUCUGCUCGACCACGCGCUUGCUAUCCGACGCUGCCUGGGGCUGUACAACCGAUCUGCUUUCCUCGCCACGAAAGCCGAGCUCGUGCCGAGAUUCGAAGCGACGUUUGGACAUGAGCUCGCGAUCUUAUUCCCACAGAGCGCUGGUCUGAUGGCCGAGCCAAGCCCACGCGCCAGCAUCAUCAGCGAACGUCACGCGAGGAGAGAAGUAGAUGUUCAGGCCGUCAGCGGAGCUUCCCAAGUCGACCGAGCAGCUACCGAGCAGCAGAACGCAGAAGAGCAGCCACGACAAGGCAGAAGACGAUCAAUCCCCUGGCUCCGCCGGAACUCCUCCUCUCGCGGUCAACAGCAAACGAACGGCGACACGAACGGGACCUCCCAUACCCGAACACGUUCCCGCAGUCGUCUCCGUGACCAAUCCCUUCCGCGUCGUCUGAGCUUCUUCCGCAGCAGCGAGGACAAACUCCGGGAUCGAGCUCUCGAGGCUGAAGCCAAGGACACCGCUACGGCAGUCAGGCCUACGGUCCCUGUUACUCAUAGUAGUGGCGUGGAGACUUACCGGCCCACGCUCUCGCAGGCUUCGACGGGUUAUUCUGCUAUGAGCACUGCGCAGUUGAAGGAAAGGCUGAGUUUCAUGCGGAAUUCGGCGGCACCUGAGGUUACUGCUACGGGGGAGUAUGUUGGGUGA